CGCGGGUGGGAGGGCGGAAGGGUCACAGCCAGGCUGCGUAGUUGGCACGCGAGAUGAUGGCGUCUCGAGCGCUUGGGGGAUCUCGCACCUGGGCGCUUGCGCUGUGCACACGGGGAGCUGCCCCCCUAAAGCCCAAAGUCACCAUGCACCUCCCAGCUUGCAGGUUAAAGUCAUCCAUACAGUAUCUGUCACGACAAGAUCUACCUAAAUUGGCCUACCAGAAAUUAAAAGGCAAAAGCCCUGGAGUCAUUUUUUUACCUGGAUAUGCAUCCGACAUGAAUGGUCAGAAAGCACUGGCUCUUGAAGAUUUCUGCAAAUCACUUGGACACGCAUUUAUCCGGUUUGAUUACAGUGGAUGUGGGAGCUCUGAAGGUGAUAUGAAGGAAUGUACAAUUGGGAAAUGGAAGAAGGAUGUACUUUCUAUACUGGAUAACUUGUCCGAAGGACCUCAGAUAUUAGUUGGCUCAAGUAUGGGAGGAUGGCUAAUGCUACUUGCUGCCCUAGCGCGACCAGAGAAAAUUGCAGCUCUUGUUGGUGUUGCUCCAGCUGCAGAUCAUUUUGUCACAGUGUUUAACCAACUUCCAUUAGAGGAGAAGAAAGCAGUUGAGGAGAAGGGUGAACUUAGCCUUCCCUCAAAGUACAGUGAAGAAGGUUUUUAUAAGAUUCCUUAUUCUUUUAUUAAAGAGGCAGAAAACCACUGCAUAUUAAAUAGUCCCAUACCAAUAACGUCCCCUGUGCGUCUGAUUCAUGGCAUGAAAGAUGAGGACGUCCCAUGGCAUGUGUCACUGAAGAUUGCUGACUGUGUGCUCAGUACUGAUGUAGAUGUCAUUCUCCGCAAACACGGUCAACAUCGGAUGAGUGAAAAGGAUGACAUGAAACUUCUUGUGUACACAAUUGAUGAUUUAAUUGAUAAACUUACAACUUUGGGAUAAAGUAAUUUAAAAUCCACUGUUCAGUAGCCAAAAGCUUCACCUAAGUGUUCUCCUAUUACACCUCCCAUAAUAAUUACAUGUUUGCACAAAUCCGCUGCAGAUAAUUAUGUUUACAUAGAAAAAGAACUUUAUUAUUCGCUUCUGUAUCACUGUAAUUUUAUACUGGCCAAAUGUUCCUCUUUUCUACUUCCCAGAUAGAAAAUGUGAAUAUGUUUUUGAAUUGUACAGAAUUUGUUGUAAUCACUUUAAUACUACUGUAUGUAUUUCUAUAAAAAAUAAACUAAUAUACAGUAGAUCUACAGGUAA